UAAAAGUUUCAGAAUUAAGCUUAAAAAAGAAAACUUGAAACGAAAGACGUGUAAAGAAAAUGAAAUAUAAAUUAACAAAAAAAGAUUCAGCGAGUUAAUAAUAAUUAAAAAAAAAAUUAAUGAAUUGAUAAAAACUGUAGAGAAAGAAAACUCAGUAAGUCUAAAUAAGUAUGAAUGUUGGCGAUUAUAACAGUUUAACGACUCAUAUAACAAUUUCAAGCACUGGUUCAGAUAUGUCCAAUAUGUCUAAUGAAAAGUUCGAAGAAAAGAAAAACCACACAGUAAUGGUUUCUAGCAUAAUGUUUGGGACUGGGGUCUUUGGCAAUAUUCUAGCUUUGGUUUCUCUCGCCAGUUCAAAGAAGGAACAAAGGCAUACGAUUUUUUACAAAUUGGCCGCCAGCCUCGUUGUUACUGAUCUGCUCGGAACUGUGGCCACCUCUCCUGUCGUUAUAGCAACCUAUAACAAUAACUUCAAGAUGCCGUGUGGACCAGCAUUGUGCUCUUACCUAGGCUUCAUGAUGAUCUUGGCUGGAUUCGCUACACAGUUCAUUAUCUGCACGAUGGCUCUUGAACGGUAUUUCUGUAUAAACCAUCCAUGUUAUUAUUAUAUUCAACCGAGGAAAUAUUAUACCCGCAUUGCAUUACUAUUCUGUUGGGUUGGGUCGUCGAUUAUUGCCUGUCUUCCGUUUACUGGGCUAGGAUCUAUAAAACUCAUGGAUCCAGGUACAUGGUGCUUCUUCGACUACCAUAGCAAAGUAGCCAUCAAUAUGGUAUUCAACUUCCUCUACAGUAUUUUAGGUAUUGUGACCAUUUUAACGACAGUUAUCUUGAAUAUCGCUGUCCUUCGCAAGCUCAUUAGCGUCCGUUGUAAGCAGACGGUCGUGAGUUCGAGUACAGGUAAAUUACGGAGGAUUGCCAGCAGUAGGCGUUACACAGAAAUACAAAUGGUUGUACAACUGAUAAUGAUAACAUGUAUAUUCACCACGUGUUAUCUACCUCUUAUGAUCCAUGUCUUUGUGAACCAGUUGACAUCAAUACAGAACAAAGAUUUACUUGUGAUACGACUUGCUUCACUCAAUCAGAUUCUUGAUCCCUGGGUGUAUAUUCUUAUUCGAAGAAGCACAGUUUUCCAGAUCAGCCGUUUCUUCCGGUUUAUAUUCCGAGUGAAACCUCCUUUAAUUAUUGUGAAUACUUCUCCGUUACCAGUGAGACGAGAAAGUAGUGAAAGUACUGUCUCGAAAAUGAGUUUGGACGGGCGAAAGAUUUCCUUGGCCACUAACGGAAUGUAUCGAAUUCAAAGGGAAGAUAGCACGUGGUCAGAGUUCUGUUGGAACUGUUUGUGUGAAAACCCGAACGAUAAAUACGAUCACACUGUGGUAGCGGUGACGUCAAGUAAAAAACAUAUUGAAAAAAAUCAGAUACAGACUUCAAUGAAAAUUGUUAAAAAACAUACAAUAUCACAUGUAUAGUAUACUAAAGUUGUAGGAGAGCAUUGACGGAAAACAAACAAACAACAAUAAUAAUAAGACACAAAUAGCACAAGAAAAACAACAUUAAACGAUCAGCAAGCUGGCUUCUGGUCUGAGACAAAAUGCCGCAUGCAUUAAAUUUCUCUCUAACAUUCAAUAAUCGUGUGUAAAUACUGUUACAUUUUCUUAACGUUUGUUAUAAACGCAGGAACGUUUAAAAUAUUUUUCUUCCUUCCUAACAAAUUGACAUUUAAAUUUAUAUUUGAGGUGGUAUGGGUAUAUUCGAUUAAAUCUACCUACGUCACUGAUAUUUUUUCAAAAUUUUGUUUUGUGGACCUUGAAAUAUGAAAUUCACAGUCGACGCCAGUAAGAUUUGAACGCAUAAUGUAAAAUGAUGUAAUUAACUACCAAAAGAUAUAUUAUCCGGCGUUCUACUGACUGUGCCAAUCCCUACUACCCCUACCUCCCAAGCAAUAAAACAGUGAACACAUAAAGUUAACAAUACUAAUACCAAUAACAAUAAGAAUAUUUUUCGUUUGAGUUAUCACUUCUAGCAGAGUUCGUUUUCAGGAAGGAGAGCGAAAUAUAUAUAUAUAUAUAUAUAUAUAUAUGAGAAGAGAGAAGAGAGAGAGAGAGAGUGUGUGUGUGUGUGUGUGUGUGUGAUACAUGGUGUCACAGAAACUGACGUGACAACAGUGUACCUCCAACAAGUGUGUCACUUAAUCUGUUGUCGGAGCCCUGAGUUUUCACGGAGAUUUGGCGUCUACUCUAUCCUGUUAGCCCGUUGCAUGUUGACACUCAACGAUAGUCGACAAAAUCGACCAUAAUACUUGAUUCACACUUUAAUUACUCGACCUUGGAAGGAUGAAAGAGGCAAGAUUGAUUCCGACGAGAUUUGAACUCAGACUGUUAGAAGCCGGAUCAUUUACUGUGAUGGAUUUUGUCUGAUGCUCUAUCGAUUCCAAAAAUAACAGAAAUAUUAAGGAUAUUCUUUAAUUCAGUACAAAACCAAUUUCUAAAGAUUGGAACAGGCAUCAUUCUUGUAAUCAACCUCGGUACUGGUACUUAGAUAUUAAUUUGCAUGGAUGAAACGAACAGCGAUGUCAUUCUCAUAUAUUCAAGGUGCAUCCAGGAAUAUUCACGGGUCCUUAGUUAUACAGAACUCCCUCUUGGUCUUAAUAUUUUGCCUAUAAGAAAUAAAAGAGAAGAAUGAGAAUUAAUUCAUUUAUCGUUCAUUACCUGUCAUAAACUUGAAGACAAUGCAUCUUUGAAGAGUUGAGACAGGAUGCUGCUGAAAUACAGUUAUGUGUGUGUGUGAGUGUGUGUGUGUGUGUGAGGAGAUUUGAUCUCAGCAUUGCAAGAUUACGAAACACUCAUAAAUUUGGACUUUUCAACACCUGGAUACUUGCACUUUCACGUUGAUACCUUCUGUCAAAUAAUCGUUGUACUUGUAAUGCCACUUCGGCACCAUGGGAACUUGCAUUGCAAAGUAUCUUGCUUACGGACGACGUGUUGGAUUAACGACGAGAUUCAAGCUGGCCACACCAGUUGGUUGACUGGUUCCUUUCCCACUCAAACAGAUGUCAAUUGCGAAGAAUGUGAACGGAAAAAGGAAAAUAUUCAAAUAGUGUAAAUUAUUGCUUCAUUUUUUAUUUCUAUUUUUGUUAAACUCAAAUGGAAUUGCUUUUUGGUGGACAUGGUUGCCAUUUUAUUAAAAGAAAUAUGUUUCAAAAAUGGA